GGAGCAAACGAAGCGCGCACAACAUGGCCUGCCAAUGAAACUCUCUUGCCACUUACAAAUACAAACCACAAACCCCACCCUUAAUAAUUUUCACGGCAGAUCAAUGGCACACCACAUUGUUCCCUCCCACCCUUGCUUUCCCGGAUUCCUGAGCCCCAUCUUUCUCGGCUGACAAACAUACGCACCCUACCCUCCCUCCUUCCUGAAAUCCAUGUCAACGGCGCCAUGCAAUGCCAAAACCACGCCGCCCUUCGCCUCCCAUGCACUAGCAACUGCCGAUGGAUAUUCUGCUUCGACCCGAGUGAAGAGGGGGAAGAAGAAGAAGAGCGCUAUGAAUUUCUUCUUGUGUUUUCGAUCUGGUGACGUGGCCCGCGGUGGCUCUGACAAAAAGGAACAAUGUGGUACGGAUGCCUUCACGUAUGUUGGUGUGGGAGAAAAGGAAAACGCGGCGUUUCCGAAGGUGGUGUCUGUGAGGUCAUCGUUGACGUCUGAUAAUGAAGGAGAUGAAGAUAAAUGUCGCACUGCUCAACAGAGAAAUGAAGGACGAGGUGGAUUUUCUCAAGUUUUGAAGGCAGUUUUGUCCAAAACAUCACUGGUCAAGAAGAAUCAAAAAAGAAAGUUAGGAAAAAAUUUUGCAAGCACAACAACAAAUGAGAGUUCAAUUACUUCAAGUUAUAAUCAUCAACAAUGGCCGGAGGAAGAUGUCUCAAGAAUGAUCUCCAAAACGACUCCAUACGAUGGCGUAGAGGAAAAGGAAGAUGUGGUGUUCCCAAAGGCAAUGGUUUCGCCGUUGCCAGAUAAUGAUGAAGCAAAUGAAGAGAAAGACGACGGUCGAUAUCAGACAAAUAAAGGACGACGCAAAUUAUCUCGUUUUUGGAAGGAGGCCUUGUUCGGGACAUCUUUGGCCAAGAAGAUUCAACUGAGAAAGAAGGGAAAAUUUUUGGAAAGAAAUGAGAGUACAAAGUAUAAUCAAGAAUUGCCCGAGGAAGAGGACCCAAGAAUAGUCUCCAAGACUUCUUCUUCUUUAACUAAUAAUUCUUCUAUCUUCACUAAAUCUUCAUCAAACUCUUCAUCUAGGUCAUCAAGCAGGUCCUUGUCCAAGAGAAUCAAAUCAUUUCGAUCAAGCUCGACGCGUAGUUUAAAAGCCAAUUUGAGGUAUUUGUCCGAAAAAAUCAUUCGACCAAGUUCCAACAGUUCAAAAGCCAAUCCAAAACCCUCCUCUGAUAAAGCCAAUAAGUCGUUUGAAUCUAAUGAUUCAAAAGGGUUCAAAGAAGGGCAUGGACAAAAAGAGCAUGAAGUAAUGAACAUGGAAAGGAACAGAACAAGAGGAUGUUACAAAGCGAUUACGAGUUUGUGUUUCUUGCUUAUGAGUUUGUUGGGUUUGAUUUUUUAUGGUAAGAUGUGUGCCAUUCUAUGCACUUCGAUGUGGCUCUUUAGUGUGCCUCUUUGGACUGGUGUUGGAGAUAGUUCAACAAACAAGGUUGACAAGAAGAAAUUCAUCCUCGGAGGAUUGCUACCAGGACACACUCCAACUAUUCACUGCCAAUGACUAAGUUUUUUUUUGGUCGUUGCAUUUGGUCUUGUUUGUAUAUUUGGUUUGUGAUGUAAUUAAAUCUGGUAUCAAUUUCAGUAUAGUUUCAUGAGCUUUCCUCA